GAAUGCUGUUUAUUGUAUAGAAGCGGUCAACAAGACUAUUCGUGUUGAAUUUGUUUGCACUUUUACCGUUUCACAUUUAUCAUAAACAUAAAACAUCAAGAUGAGCGCUAAAAGUGUCGAACAUCUCCUUCAAAGUGGAUUUGAACAAUUGAAAAUUGAUGAUUCAAACGUUAACAAGAUGAAUAGAAGACGCUCGGUUCGAAUUCAAAUACAAUACAAUCGAUCGCUUCCCGAUUUAUCACUUUUGAACUUGGGUCUGGAUUUGGAGAACAAUAAUUUGUUGCCGAAAAAAAGCAAUAUCGAAGCCGAAUCGAAAGAAAAUGAAAUAAAAUUGGAAUUGGAAAAUAUUCAUUAUAAACGAGCACUGGAACAGUUUACGUACAUAACAAAAAAUGAAUAUUUAAUUCGACGAAAGAAAACCAACAACGACGAUGACUCUCCAUGUGGAUGCACAUUGACAAGAGGACAAAUCGUUUCGAGUGAAUUUGGUUGUGGCAACAAAUGUUUGAAUCGUGCCAUUAACAUCGAAUGUGAUGACAGAUGUAAGUUCGGACAUUUGUGCAGCAAUCAACGAAUUCGAAAACAAGAAAAUGCACCCGUCACCAUUUUCAUCACCGAGAAAAAGGGCUACGGACUAUUUGCAUCGACGGACAUCAUUGGAAAGGACACAUUCAUCAUGGAAUUUGUUGGGGAAGUUGUGAGCAUGGCGGAAUUUACGAAACGCAGCAAAUCAUAUUCUAAACAGAAAAUUCGUCAUCACUAUGUAAUGACUGCAUCGGGUAAAAAUUUAUUUGAUGCCACACAAAAGGGGAAUCUAACGCGAUUCAUCAAUCAUUCUUGCGACCCAAAUGCUGAAACACAAAAAUGGACUGUUGACGGUGAAUGUCGUAUAGGCAUUUAUACCAAGCGAACAAUUAAAGCGUUCGAAGAAAUAACAAUGAACUAUCAAUUUGAACGAUUUGGCAAAGACGCACAAGAAUGUUUCUGCGAAUCUCCAAACUGUACCGGUUGGAUUGGUUCAUAAAAUUCUCUCAUCAAAAUAAUUUUUAAAAAUACCGUUGUGAUAUUGAAUAUUCUAUUUACAAGUGUUGUUUUAAAUAAUUAGAGACCGAAAUAGUAUUGUUUUAUCUUUUCAAAUUCAUCCAUUCUUUUAUUCCUAAAAUAUUCACAUUUUCACAUAAUAAUUCAUUCAUUUUUUUAUUUGAC